CCAUCAUCACUGGCUCUUGGUUAGAAUAAAUACGGCAUUUCUUGUUUACAGAUGCAGACUUAUUAAUCAAUUAUGAAGGUGCAUAUUGAAAUUCUCGUGAUAAUUUGUAUUGUGCUAGUGGACUGUAUAGUGACCGAGGAGGUGACGCCGAUAGAACAUGGCGGGGCAUAUGGGGACAACUCCAGGAAUGCCUCGAUAACAGCUCCGGCAUCAGCGGCUACACGACCUCAAGCGGUGAUAACAACAACACGUAGGCCGAUUUUAUCUGGCUUGCGAUUUCCUUGUUCCUGCCAAGAAGGGGAGUGCGGAUGCUGCACUGGUUACAUUCUGGAUAGAUUCAAUCAGAAGGGGUGCAUAAAUAUAACUUACGAUCCAGACGACUUUUCCGUUACAGCCUACAUGUCUAUGAAUGGAAAGGUGCUCUACAGGAACAGCAUAUCAGGAAAGAAUCCUCCUCCAUUGUGCGUGAGAGUUCCGAGAUUCCCAAACAUCAAGUUCUGCGUGGAAUUCUCCAACAUCUACUUCGCGAAUAGAAACGUGCAUCUUUGCAUCGAUGCCGAGGCAAACUGGCAGGAUUACAGCCUCCUAGAAUGGUCCUUCGAUUGCAUCCGAAUGGGCGUUUCUGGUUUUGCUGUUGUUCCUCCAGAAGAGGGUGGUGGUCUGCCUUCGACUGGGGUGGACGUCGAGGAUCAAACCGACGAAGACUACGAUGAUGCCGCCAAGAGCGAGAAAGUGGGGAAGCAGCAGAACGCUUUGGUGUUCCACAAGUCCAUAAAGAAUUUGAACAAAAAACGGAUCGAUCCGAAUAAUAUCAAAUUGAAGAAAUUAGAUAAUAAUUCUGUACUAAUUUACUAUAAAAAACAAUGAAUUGAGUA